UUGUGGUAUGUGGGCCUCUCACUGUUGUGGCCUCUCCCGUUGCGGAGCACAGGCUCCGGACGCGCAGGCUCAGCGGCCAUGGCUCACGGGCCCAGCCGCUCCGCGGCACGUGGGAUCUUCCCGGACCGGGGCACGAACCCGUGUCCCCUGCAUCGGCAGGCGGACUCUCCACCACUGCGCCACCAGGGAAGCCCAAGUAUUUUAAAAUUAUGGUAUGUACAUUGUUUUUUUAGACAUAAUUCUAUUGCACACUUAAUAGACCGUAGUAUAGUGUAAACAUAACUUCUGUAUGCAUUGGGAAAACAAAAAAAUUGUGUGAUUCACUUCAUUGAGAUAUCAGUAUUUGCCUUACUGCGGUGGUCUGGAACUGAACCCAUAAUAUCGCUGAGGUGUUCCUGUAUAUGUUGAGUUGAGCCAUGUGAAAUUGCCAAUAUUCAGUGGUUUUUUUACUUAAAAAAAUGGAAUCUAAUACAAAUGUGAGCAUGGAGGGAAAUAUUAAAAAAUACAGAGCCAAAUUUGUACACCCAUGUUCAAGCAGUAUUAUUCUCAAUAGCCAAAAGGUGGAAACAAUCCAAGUGUCUAUCAGUGGGUGAAUGGAUAAACAAUGUGGUAUAUACACACAAUGGAAUAUUAUUCAGCCUUAACAAGGAAGGAGAUCCUGUCACAUGCUUCAACAUGAGUGAACCUUCAUGCUAGGUGAAAUAUGCCAGUCACAAAAGGACAAAGACUGUAUGAUUCCACUUACAUGAGGUGCCCGGAGUAGUCAAAUUCACACUCAGAAAGUACAGUGGUGGCUUCCAGAGGUGAGCAGGGUACUUAGCCUUUCAUAGGUAGAGUUUCAGUUGGGGAAGAUGAAAAUGUUCUGGAGAUGGAUGGUGGUGACGGUUGCACAGCAAUAUGAGUGUACUUAAUACCACUGAACUGCACACUUAAAAAUGGCUAAGAUGGUAAACUUUAUGUUAAUUAAAAAUAAUUUUUUAAAAAAUCCAAAAAUAUGUACCGUCAGGUAGACAGAUACACACUGAGGGAUAAACACAGGAUCUCAGCAACACAGAAACAUGACUCCUCCCCUCCCAGGAGUGCUUCUCUGACCCAGAUACGGCCCCUGUUCUCCCCCUAAACAAAUCCAGAGAUAAGGCCCUGCCACCUCGGCUACCUGCAUGGCUUGUUACCCUCCCACAGUCUGGCUCUGUUUACUCCUCCCCCUGCCCCCACGCAGCCUCCCCACGCCCAGGGAAGGGCCUCCUUAGUGUACCCGGGGCUCUGAUCUCUGCCCCUGCCCCUCCUGGGCCCCUCUAGGAUCCUCAAAGACAAAGCCCCAUUCGUCUUUAGUCCCGGGGCCCAGCUUGACGCAGGGAGCCCCUAAAUCCCCUUGCCAGCACCCACCCCGCUGUGCAUGCAUUUGCGCACCAAGUGAAGCUUUGUGGACGUAGAGGAACCUGUGUCUGGAUCUGGACAUGAUCACAGGUCAGUUAAAGCAAGUGCAGCCAGUACUAAAUGGGGUCAUUGAGACAUGGCAUUAGGUCUCCUGCUGUCCCGGCCACCCUCAUGGGACCUCGUCCCUCCACAGAAAGGUGAGGCUGGCACCGUUGUGACCACUUCUGCCUGGCCUGCGUCUCCAAGUAGCUGCCAUCUGCUGAGCCCCGUUCUCCAGCACAAAGCCUCACCCUGCUCCUGAGGACUCUGGGACUAAGGCCCUUGAUGGGGGCAGAGAACAGAAACUUGCCUGCUAUUUGCCUCUGGACCAUGCAGUGUGUCCCACAAUCCUCUCAACCAACUUUCUCACUAACCAUUGAAUACUCAGCCCCUGAGGAGGGGAGAAAGGCUGGGGUCUGGCACCACCAGGUCAAGAGCUUCCCCAGAGUUGAGGGUGGUGGAAACGCAGACAUCGGGAACAGAAUUUUUCAGGGGCGGGACAGCAUUUUUCACUGGGACUCUGGAAGGGCAGGGUUUGGAGGAAACUUGCUGGGAGCCUGGUGGGGAUGCAGCAGGGGACGCUGGGGCAGCGGAGGGAGUGUAUACUGAGUAAGGACCUGCCCUUUCCCCGGGCGGCAGUCGGGCGAGUCCCAACAGCAGGCGGACAGGUGAGGCUGACCCAACAGGUUCCCGAGGCCGGGGGCAACGGGGUAGAGCGUGGCUCUGACAAAGGGGCAGGCUGGCGGGAGGCAGUUUCUGCUGGUAUCUUCUUCCAGCUGCGGCCAGCCCGGGCUGCAGGCCAUGGAGACUGCUGGAGGGUGAGGGUAGCCGGUGGGCAGGCGUGUUUGGAGGCCCUGGGAGCUCAGGGCAUGGCAGGGCCCCUGCGGUGCCGGGUGGAGGAGCUGAAGCGGCAGCGGUGGCGGGAGAGCUCACCGUGGGUGCUCCAGCACAGCGAGGCAGCCCGGCUGGCGGCCGAUGCCCUCCUGGAGUGGGGUGAGGCUGCCUCCCUGUGGGUCCUCUCCGAGGAGCGGGAGCUGCCCUUCCUGAGCCCUCUGGAUGUGGACUACAUGACCAGCCAUGCACGCGGGGGCUCUGAGCUAGGCGAGGCCCUGGGGCCAGGGGCUGCCGGGCCUGACCCCCUCAGCCUGCUCUCCGAAGUCACCUCCGCCACUUACUUCCCCCUGGCCUCCGACAUAGACCCCCCGUACCUGGACCUGGGCUGGCCCGAGGUGCCACGGGCCAUGGGCUCCAGGCCCACACAGGCUAUGAUCCACUUCCAGCGGGACAAAGCCAAGAGCAUCAAGGACCUUCUGCAUUUCCUCUUCAGCCAGGCCCGCACGGUAAGGGCCUUGUCUCUUCAGACAUUCAUUUCACAGAUGUGGAAACUGAGGCCUAGGGAGGGAAAGUGUGGCCACACGGCAGCUUGGGGACAGCACUGGGACGAGAACCCCUGCCCCCUAUCACAUCACAAGUUCCUAGAGUGUGGGCGUGUUUUAUUUACCUUGGUAACCUCUUGGCACUCGAGGACUCUCCCCCUGGCAGGGGAGUCACCUCUGCUUGCUCACCCUCGCCCCCUCCUCUCCUUUCCCCGGGGUGUCUCAGCUCUGUCCCGGCUCCCAGAGAAUGGGGUCACAGGAAGCCAGGAGCCUAGCCCCCCACGAGGCCGCUGGGUACCCGGCACAGCCCUGGUGGCAGCGGAGGAGAAUAAGGUGUCUCUGAGUCAGAGCCAUGGCCAGCUGGAUCUCCUCGUCCCCUUCCCCAGGGCACGAGAAGCAGGAGGCCCUGGUUCUGGGGUGACCCCCAACUCAGGCUCCCUAUGGCCUAGUGAGCAGGCCCCAGUGGACAGGAGGUUGGCCUCAAAUCAGAGAUACAACCAGCUGGGCUUCCCUGGUGGCGCACUGGAUCUCCUGCCCCAGGCCCAGGGUGCCAGGGGUUCCCCUGAGUCAGGUUCUCCCAGGCCUGGCAAUCGGACCCCAGAGGACAAGAGGCUGUCCCCAAACCACAGCCAUGGCCAACUGGACCUCCAGGUACAGUUCCCCAAGGUUGGGGGCUCCAGAGUGCCCCCUGAAGGCAACUCCUUGGCCAGGCCUGGCAAGCAGGGUCCAGAUGAACAACGGCAGACCCUGGGACACAGCCAGCUGGACCUCAUCAUGAAGUUUGGCCCAUUCCGGGGUGAGGGGCCUGGGUCCAAUGAUCUCCCCACUGAGCCUGCUAGAAAGCCUGGAGUGGACUCCGGGGAUGAGAAGCGGCUGACUCUGGGCCACAGCCAGCUGGACCUCAUCACCAUGUAUCAUCAGUUACAGGGCACCAGACGGGGACCUGAGCCUGGCCUCCCCGGGGGCCCCACAGGUGGCCAGCGCAAUGGCAGUAGCAGUGGCCUGUCUGGGGAUGAGAAACGGCUGACCCUGGGCCACAGCAAACUGGACCUCAUUACUCAGUACAAUAAGUCCAAGUCCAAGCUGCUCCCAGAAAGGACAUGUCCGUCCUCCAUCCACUGUGACGCUAGAUUGGCUCAGGUCCCAGUCUCUGGGGUGGGAGCUCGAGCAGGAGCCUUAUGGGGAGGAGAGGGAGUCUAGAGGCCCAGGUUAGACAUUCCUUGGGCUUGGGAUUCUUGCUCACACACGUACAUGCACACACAUGGGGAAAUGGAACCCAACAGUUACUGGGCACCUGUUGUUUGUCACUGUGCUGAGCCCUUCUCACCAGUUACUUCUCAUCCUUCAUCCUUACAAUACCCUACGAGACAGAGCUGUAGUAGGUGUACAGUUCUAGGAUCAUAGAUAUUAUCUUCCCUAUAAUAUAAAUUUAGAAGCUGGGACCCAGCGAGUUUGAUGACUUGCUUGAAAUCCGGUCCGAGUAAGUGACGGGGCUCAAAUCUGUGUCUCUGACUCUUAAUUUCUUAAGAUUGUGUUUUUGCACAGACAGGACACACAAUAUCAACAGUUCCCAUGUCCUCAUGUGCACAAAAUCCACAUAUAACAGAGAUGCUCCAAAUGCCUGCACAAUAUACACUGCACACUGACAGCGUUCACACCCACAAACUACACCCACAGAUGCAGUCCAUGUGAUAAACCAAAACACUCAGGAUUCUAGUUAUAGGUACUCAAAGUCAUUUGGCUAAAUGAAUGGCUACAUUCCGUGCACACUGUAGACCCCUUAGGAUCUACAGACCAUAAAUAUGCAGAUAACCACACACACACACACGCACGCAUACACACACACACACACAGGCAUGCAUGCACCAACCACUAUCUUUUUGUCCCUAAGCUGUGUACCCAGUCCUGUGCUGGACAUGCCAUAGGCUUCAGAAAUGAAUCAGACUCAGUACCUGGGAGACAAGGAUUCAAUGCAUAAAUGAUUGGUGUAUCUAAUUAAAGGCUUACCAGUGACAGAAGGUGGUAGAGAAUGAAGGCCAGCAAGUGGUGGUGAUGAUGGAGUGGUGAGAAAAGUUUCUUAGAGGAGGCAGCCUUUGAGCCAAGCCUUGAAGGGUGGGAAGGACUUGGAUAGAUGGAGGCGAGGGUUAGAGGAAUUCCUGGUAGAGGCAACCAGCUGAAGAGAGACCAGGGAGAGGACUGAAUGAGUGGGUCUGAGAUGAACCUGGGAGGAUGGAGAGGACGUGGA